AUGGAUCUAACACCCAUAUUCAACCAGGUACUCGCUGCGCACGACUCGCGGCCAGUCGAGCCCUAUGUGUUUCGCAAAGAGAACCUGGAUGAAUUCCUCAAGGAGGCAUAUCGCAUUCGAGCGCACAUUGCACAACUACAUAGCCAUCUGACAUCGAUACGGCAGAGUUACCUCUCGACUACGCAUGCUCCACGCCGGAAACAAAUUGCGCGCCCGAAUGGAGCCUCCACAGACAAGGACGCGAAGUAUCUCACAGACGCUGAACGAAACGAAAUCGAUGCCUCGGCAAAGGAGCUAUUGCGCGAACUGAGCCAUGCGAUCACGAAAUUGUCCCAAACCGAGCAGAUACGACAAGAGGCAGAGACCCAUAUAGCUUACAAAAAGCGUGCAAGGCGGGGCUUAGGGGCUUUGGGACGAUGGGCCGCAGGCGGGGCAAUAACGGCGAAGAGCCCUGAGGAGGAACUUGAGGAGGCCAAGUCGAACACAGUCAAGGCGCAUCGAGAAAGCAUAAUAUGGUACCUGCAGCGCGCUCUCGAGGAAUGUGGCCGCUUCCAGAGGUCUAUGAUGGAGAUACGGAUCACGCGCGAGGUCGAGAAGAGCAAAAGCGUGCUGUACAAAGCUAGAGGGACUAUGCCUGCACUGGACGACUAUUCUGGUAGGCAUGUGAACCACAGUGCAACAAUCGACCACCGCGGGAAGUCUACGCAGCUCCCCGACGAAAGUUCGGCAUCAGUGGAGCAGCAUCUCGACGCUGAGCAGCUUCAGCUCUUUGCGCAGGAAAAUCAGGAUAUGCUGAAGUAUUACGAAGACACUCUGGAUCAAGUCCGCACUGCGGAGAAGUCGCUCCUGGAGAUUUCCGAGUUGCAAACAACGCUCGCGGCCAACCUCAACAUCCAAGCGGAGCAUAUAGACCAGCUCGUGGCUGACUCGCAGCUAACCACCGAGAAUGUGGGCAGCGGAAACAAGCAGUUGAAAAAGGCGACGGAGCGACGGAGCACAGCGCAGUUGGUGUUUUGGUCCACGUGCGCAUUCUGCACGACGCUGAUACUGGUGGAUCUCUUCGUAUAG